GGAGGGGUAAAAAAAAAAAAAAAAGAUUCAAUUAUCAAAAUAAUAAUAAGUCAGUAAACAUGCAGUCAUCAAUUGAGAAACCAACCAACAUCACAAGUGACAUUAUCAAAAUAAUCAAUUUUCAUCAAAUAGGUUGAAAGAAAUUUUACUUCCUGAUCUAAUGCCUUUAAAUUGGGCAUCUGUCUCUUCAAAAACUCUUGCUCUUCCUGAAACUCUCCCUUUAGAAAGUCACCACAACAUGACUCCUUUACUAACCUUUUAACAGCAUUUUAGCAGCAUUUCACUGAGAAAUAUCUCCUAUAAUGAGCUCAGUUGAUGUGCAGUUCUGCCAGGUGUUUGCUAAUUGCUGCUGGCUAGUCUGAAGGAACUCCUCUGUGAGCCAGAAGCUAAGACGCAUGGAAGAAUCAAAGGAACACUCCAAGUAGGUCUUUAACAAGGGAGUAACAUAAGAUGAUGUAAAGCUAAAAACAAAGUUGACUUUACAUAAUACUGCCCUUUUAAAACUAGUUAAGAUUAGGUUCAGUAACUGAAAAAUCACUGGAGCAUUAUUUGUUAUUUACUUAAUUUGAUUUAUUGAUUUAUUUAUAAAGUCUGAAUGUUAUUCUCUAUUUUUGUGAGUUUUUAGUUAGUUUGUACUUAAUAGAAUUUUAUGAUGUUUUGUUUCCACUUUUUAAUUAUUGUUUUGCAUCAUGUACACUCUCAAAAAAGAAGGAUUUUCUUGUUAAAAUAUUGAUUAAAUAAAAUCAAUAAAUAAAUAUUCAAUUAUUAUUAUUAUCAUUAUUAUUAUUGUUGUUGUUGUUAGUGGUAGUUCUUAUUAUUUGUAAUAAGAAUUUGUUUAAUAUCUAAUUUGGUUUGUUUCCAGUGGCUGUUCAACCCAAAGACAUGAAUUUGGUUCAACCAACUUUUACUAUGUAGGUUUUAUUUUGGCGAGCCUUACCGGAAGUGGCGUCCGCAGGGGAAAAAGGAUGUAAACAAAUCUGUGUGUCAUCAGCUUUUAACCUGCUGUAACAUACCAGUACAUCUGGGAGUUAACUGGAUGCUUCAGGUGGAAACUCGGGAAUGAUGAUGUUGGCGCUGUGAACCGCGGAGGGAGCUGGUGGCGGGCGGCGGCAGAUGGAGAAUGGAGACCUGGGUCACAUGAUGGGGGAGCCAGUGAGUCUGAACGUGGGCGGCUGUGUUUACAGCACGUCACUGUCCCGCUGAGGCGCCAUGUUUAGAGGAGACCUGCCGACGGUCAAAGACCUACUUCGGGACCUACUUCAUUCGUUGUUCCGCUACAUCCUAAAUUUCUUGCGCUCAUCAGAGCUGACGCUGCCCUGCGGCUUCAAGGAGACGGGCGACUUCUACCAGAUUGAGCCCCUGAUCCAGUGCCUGGGAGACCCCAGGCCGCUGCUGCCGUACCCGACCAACACCUACGAGGAAGUGGUGGAGCUGUCCAGCACCAGGAAGCUGUCCAAGUACUCCAACCCGGUGGCAGUCAUCAUCACCCAGCUCACAUCCACUCUCAUGUCUUUAUUGUUAUAAUUAUUAUUGAGCUAUUGAUUUUCUUUUUAUUGUCUUUACCUGCGGUUCUCUGCCGGAGGCUUUAACUGACCCAGAUGUUUCCAGAAGAUCCAAAUCCUUUUGCCUUCAGUUGGGGGGAAAAAACUCACUGUGAUGAAAAAAUAUCAUGGGUUUCUUUUAAUAAAUAACAUAAGACAGAAGAAAAAUAGCU